AUGAAGUCUUCAGCCAGCAGUCUGUUUGCCUUUCUGGGCCUUUGUUUCGCGACUUCAAUCCCGCCUUUCGAAAAGAACGGCACCAGCUGCACCGUCGUUCCGCUCGGAAAUGGGCAGGAUGAUGUUCCUAACAUCCUCGCAGCCGUCAACCAAUGCGGCCAGACUGCUGGAGGGAGAAUCGUUCUUCCAGCGCCAUACACCUACCGUAUCAGCCAACGGAUGACGACUCACCUGGCCAACUCCACCCUCGAAAUCGGCGGCACGCUGCUCUUCAGCGACAACAUCGACUACUGGGUUAACCACUCCUACCGGGUCGACUUUCAGAACCAAUCGAGCGCCUGGCGCGUCACAGGCCAUGACUACGUGAUCGACGGGGGUCCGCACCGGGGUGGGAUCGAUGGAAAUGGGCAACUGUGGUAUACGUGGGCCAAGGGGGGAAGCAAUGUUUUUGGACGGCCGAUCCCGUUGCAUGUGUUUCAGUCGACGCGCGCAACGCUCCGCAAUUUGUCUAUCCGACAGCCUCAGUUUUGGGCUGUUCUUGUGGACUCGUCUUCGCAGAUUGCACUGGAUCAGUUUAAUGUGAAUGCGACCAACCACGAUUUUUCGGUGAGUCCGGAGGGAGGGUGGGUGCAGAAUACUGACGGGGUUGACACGUACCGAUCGGAUUAUAUCAGUAUCACCAAUUGGGUGUACCAAGGGGGUGAUGAUGUCGUGGCCUUCAAGGGAAACUCGACGAAUAUACACGUGGAGAAUGUGACUGUGUAUGGAGGGCCUGGCAUUGCUUUUGGCUCGCUAGGACAGUAUCCCGACCGGACGGAUAUUGUGGUAAAUGUCACGGUCAAGAAUGUUGUGGUUCAACCGUCAUCUCAACGGGUGAUGAAUUCCGGGGUGUACUUUAAAAGCUGGAUUGGGGUCAACUACGGUGUCCCUCCUAAUGGUGGUGGAGGCGGCCAUGGGCAUGUUCGAAAUGUGACGGUAGAAAACAUCCAACUCAAGGACGUCCAGCUGCCGGUGUACAUUGACACCUGCCUGAGUUACCUGUUCAACGAAAAUGUUACACAGUACUGCGACACAUCGACAUACGAAUUCGAGAACCUGCACUUCAAGAACAUCAGCGGCAACGGACUGGCUACGGUGACGGACUAUCCGGGGAGAAAUAUCUCUUUUGCAGUGUCCUUGCUCUGUUCUGAGAAGGCACCUUGCACCGAUCUCACCUUUCAGGAUAUCAACAUCACACUACCAGCAACCUAUACUGGUGAGCGGGUGCUGUGUCAGAAUGCCGAGGUGAAGGGAUUGCAAUGCAAUUCAUGA